AGUAUAUUAAGCCGUUGAGGAUUUUAUUAUUUUUAUUAAAAUGUAUUAAAUAUUUUUAACAAUUAAUGCACACUUUUUUCAAACUGAAAUCAUUGAUUUCAGAACAACUACCAAUUUUUUAAAAUAAAAGGUGAUCUUUCUAAACGGACGCAAGUAAAAUCCCGGAAUGUAAAUAUUCGGACCAUAGACAUAUGAAUAAAUUAAUAAUAUGAAUUAAAUUAAUUAAUUGAUAAUAUUUAUACGUCUAAUGUCUAUCAAUCGGACCGUAAAAAUUCGGAAAGUGGUGAAGGUGAACCGUAAAAUUCCUGGAUUGUAAAUUCUUAUAGCAAUGAGCGCCAUCUAUAUUGGUUUCACUUUCAUUACAACUUUCUGAUUAGAUUUCAAUUAUUUCAAAUGAUUAAAAUUGAAUUAGAUACUUAGAUAGGUAGCUACCACCUAUUGAAAUCUUCAGCUUUCUUACUUCCAUCAACGUAUAGUAUAAGUGAAUACUCCAUUAUGUAUUUUUUUCCUGUUUAUUGAAUUAUGUAACAACAUAACGUGUUCAAUUAUUUGCAUGCAUAUUUGUGUACAUGUUUAAUAAUUAUGGCUACUAAUAUAGAAUGCUUGAAAUGGAAUACAACAAGUUUCAAACCGUCCAGUGUUUUGGACCAGACAGUAAACACUUUGGCGCUGAAACCGUCACAUUGGUUAAAUCUGAAGACAAAAGGCCACUCAAUAAAAUUAUCAUAUUUAGGACUAACACAAAAAUUGGCAUCUUUAGACGAUCAGAAUAAUUUAUAUGUAUUUGAUUGGUCCAAAGCUGAUUUAAAAACCAUGAAGUCAAAAUAUGAACAUAAUAGUAAACUUACAAGUUUGACGAGCAAUACUUUAGGUAAUCAAAUAGUUACUUGUUCAGAUAAUGGAAAAAUUCAAAUAUGGAAUCAUAAAUUUUCAAGUUGGAAGAUUUUAACUGAAUUCAGAGGUCAUUAUCAAUGUAUUCGUAAUGUUCAGUAUUCUACAGACAAUAAUUAUUUAAUAUCUUGUUCAAAUGAUAAAACAUUUAAAAUAUGGAAUUGUCAGUCUAACAAGUUUGUAGCUAGUAAUAUGUUUCACCGUAAUUGGGUGAAUAUUGCAAAAUUUUUCAAAGAAGACAAACUUGUCAUUUCCUGUUCAAGAGAUUCAUAUGUACAAGUUUUUGAUUGUUGUUCUGGAAAAUGUGUUGCAAAGUUCAACUUGAGUCCGGAUUUUGCAGAAACACUUUCACUAAAAGAGGACUUCACAAUAGCGGUGGGUACAAACCAAGGUUCCAUACAAAUUUUUGAUUUGAGAGCUUUAAAAGUUGUACAAAAAUAUAAUGAACACACAAGUCAAGUAAAUUGUGUUGGAUUUCAAUAUAAAACUCCAUGUUUGGUAUCUGUUUCAAGAGAUAAAAAAUUAAAUGUUUACGACACUAAUGAAGGGAGAUUUUUGUAUUCAAUUGAUCACUUUAAUGAAAUAAGAUCAAUGGAUAUUUCUUCAGACGAUAAAUUACUUGCAACAGCAUCGUUUCAUUUUGACAAUGAGAUCACUUUGUGGAAAACUGAGUCACUGUAAUUUAAAAAAAAAUGUAAUACUUAUAUAGUACUAAGUGAAUUUUAGUGUGUACAUAUAUAUUUUAUUUAUUUAUUUAACAAUAAA